AUGGAUUUAUCCACCCCACUGUUGCCCCAACCUGGGGUCAAGCGCAGACUUGAUACUGUCAAUGAAUCUUUAGUGGAACCUUCCAAAAAACCAAUGACCGAUGUCCGGUCAUCUGUUGAUGACGUCAACCCAGGAUUUUACUCCCAUCCAUCUCUCACUGGCUCUCCCAAGUCAUACCUUGUCAAUGACAAGGGCCCUUUUUUAGUCCAUGUUUCUUGCCCUGAAUCUGACCCAUCCGCUGGUACAUCAAUCCGCCCAAUUAAAUUUGGUCACUUCUUGGUAAAAAAUAAAAUACCCAACAUUGUUCGAGAUGGUGUUAAGAGAGUGGGACGUAAUAGAAUAUCUGUCGAGUUUAAGUCGGGCUUAGAUGCGAAUAAUUUUGUGUCUAAUCCCAUUGUACCUUCCAGCAACUAUUCUGUUACGAUUCCUAACUAUAAUGUUUCCCGUAUGGGCCUUGUGAGAGGUGUCCCAGCUGAUUGGUCGAUGCAGGAAUUUGUCGAAACCUUGGAAAUUCCCGAAGGUACAGGUAUAGUCCUCAAGGCCAGACGCCUAAACCGCAAGACGAACUCCGAUGGUCAAAUUAAUUGGAUCCCAACACAAACCGUUGUUCUAACUUUUCAAGGUCAAACCCUUCCUGAGAGAAUAUUCUCUUGUCAUAGUUCCCUCCGCGUUGAAACGUACCAACUCCCUACAAUUCAGUGCCUUAACUGUUGUAGGUUUGGUCACGUAAAGUCACAAUGCCGAUCGAAGCCUAGGUGUUUUCGUUGUAGUCUAGCCCAUUCUGGUGAUGAGUGUAAUAUCCCUGAAACAGAGUCAUUAUGUUUAUUUUGUACUGCCUCACACUUUGCGACCAACAAAGCUUGCCCUGAACAUAAUCGACAAAGAAAUAUAAAGAGUUGUAUGUCUCAAGAGAGCAUUUCUUAUCUCGAAGCAUCGGCUCGGUUUAGACCCAUCAAUGGCAAAACUUUUGCAGAUUCUGUAAAAACAACCCCCUCCUCUUUAUCCCAGCCCAUUACUUUACCUUCCCAAGUUUCCCGUCAGACUACAUCUUACAGGAAAACUGUAUUUCUCCCUCCUCGCUCUAGACCAACAUCAGGAAAAUCCUUUGAUAAGGCGGCCCAUGAGGCCAUUACUUCCAAUUUACCCUCCUCUUUACCCAAUGGUUGUGCCGUAAGCUCCCCUUCCCUUAUCAACAAUGAAGUCUCCCCAAAUGAAAAUCUUCUUGACUGCUUAUGGGCAGUCAUUUGUAAUAUGCUAUCCAAAUAUGAUGACAUCCCCAUACCGUCCCACGUUGCCCAAAAAAUUAAUUUGCUCCACUCAUUCGUCACCAAAAAUGGCGAAUCUGCCAUUUCGGAGACUUGGUUAUUGCCGGGUUCCCGCUUUAGGGUUUCUGGGUACCGGUGUCUCCGAGAUGACAGGGAUGAUGGCUAUGCUGGCUGUGCCUUUUUGGUCAGCCGAUCCCUCACCUUCCACGCAUUAUCUCUUCCUCAUUGUGAUGGUAUCAAUGCUGUUGCUAUGAGAGCUUUUAAUAUCUCGUUUAUUUCUGUUUAUAUUCCCCACCCCCAUUUCGACCUCAUUUCUGAUAUACGUUCUAUUAUCCUUUCGGUUCCUCCUCCUGUUGUCAUGUUGGGUGAUUUCAAUGCCCACCAUGUUUCUUGGGGUUGUCAUUCCUCAGAUUCUUUUGGGUCCCUUCUACUAGAUUUACUCGAUGAUAUAAACAUAAGUGUCUUGAAUAAUGGUUGUCCUACGAGAAGGAGUCUUCCAUCUCAGAAUCCCGCUAACGCAGUGGAUUUAUCACUUUGUUCUCCUGAUCUCUUUCCCUUUUCUAUCCUGGCGUGUUUUUAA